AUGGACAUAUCUGAACUGUUAUUUCUCACCGCCGAAUUCAGUCUCGACGAGCGCGAUGUCACGCCACGCUCUGGGAUUUGCGUUGAUGAUACGUUGCGUCAGCCUCGAUACAUCCACUCGGCCACUGCUAUCCUACAACCCGAUCGCGCGUUAGACGAGGAACUCCCCGUCUUAAGUGACGCUCGCGAACGCCUUGAACGGGGGUUUGGGGAUGUCGAUGGCGUGCCAAAAGUCGGCGAAGGACGAUCUUCCAUACCAAGGCAAGACCAGGAAGGCGGCCAUUCCUCUUCGAGUGUCUCCUCCACGCUUUCGGCCGAGAAGUCCAUCAUCUUCUCAUCACCUGUUCUUCAAGAUUCCAAUGGUGUACGCUUGACGAUCCGGAAAGCGGCCAUCAGGAAUGUGGCGGAUGUGGAGACGAGUUGGCUUACGCAGGAAGGUGGCGAAGCUCUUGGAGUGCCGCCGCUCCUCCACUCUUCCUUACAUCUCCAAGUUGGCGAUCUUUUCCUUCAGUUUCAGGCGCUCAGUGAUCAGCGCGAGGUACGCAUAUGGAUGAUCAUGCCUGGCGACGGUGCGGAUGGAUCUUUGGUCUGGCGACGGUUUACGAAGCAUCCGAUCACGCACCCCAUACUUAAGGACCGUCUGCUCGGAUUUGUCGUCUCCAAUCCCACCACGCCCUCGUGGGUUCAGGCGAAUACGCAUAGGAGGUUUCAGAAGAACCAGCCGGUUAUAGUUGAUGGUUGA